AUGGCUUCUUGGAAAGUCUGUAUGCUUGGCCUUCUUCUGGUCCUCCUCUGUUCAUUCCAGCUUCCUAGAACACAAGGUCAACAACAGCAUCACCACAGCGAUGUAGAAUACCAUGGAAAUGAACAUCAUCAUCCCAAAGAGCAUCACCAUGAUGCACACCAUUAUCAAGAUGUAGAAGAUGAUGGUGAUGAUGAUGAUGAUGAUAGUAAUGAUGAUGAUGAUGAAAGUCAUGAUAAGCAUCAUCAUGAUAAACAUCAUGGAAAUCAUCACGAUGACAAUGACGAUGACGACGACGACGAUGAUGAUGAUGAUGAUUAUCAUCAGGAACAUCAUGAAGACCACCACCACCACCACAAGGACCAAGAGAGGCACCAUCCUGAAGACCAUCAGCAUCAGGAAGAAGAAGAUGAUGAUGAUGAAGAAGAAGAUGAUGAUGAUGAACACCAGCAUCACUACCAUCAUCAAAAGCAUGAUGAUGACGACGACGACGACGAUAAAGAUGAUGAUGACAAUGAUGACAGUGAUGACAAUAAUGAUAAUGAACACGAACACCACCAUCAUAGACAUCAUGAAGAGCAUGAUGAUGACGAUGAUGAUGAUGACGACAAUGAUGAUGACGAUGACAACGAUGGCGACGAUGAUGACGAUGAUGACGAUGAUGACAAUGACGACGAUGAUGAUGAUGAUGAUGAUGAUGAUGAUGGAAAUGAUCAUGCUGACGAUGAUGAUAAGCAUCACCAUCAGCGUGAAGAAGAAGAAGACGAAGAAGAAGAAAGCAAUGAUAGUAAUGAAAAUGAUGAUGAUGAUGAUGAUGAUGAUGAUGAUGAUGAUGAUGAUAAAGAUACAGUUCACAAGUCGCAUCACCAAAGUAGCCAUCAUCACCAUCGUAAAUAUGAUGGUAAAGAAAAAGAGUCUGAUGAAGUACUUUCUAAGGAGAAGGAUGAGCAUAAGCAUGAACGACACAGACAAAAGCAUCACAAACAUGAGGCCCAAGAAAAAGCCAAAAAGCACCACAGAGAGGAAGAAGAUGAGGAUGAGGAUGAGGAUGAAGAGGAAGAAGGUGAAGACAAUGAGUAUGAAGCAGGUUCUGUUUGUCACUACUGUGCCUUCUGCAAGCAUUGUGGGGAGUGUGACAAGUGCCCUUGUAAAGAUGGAGACAACAGUGACUACUGUAUGAGCUGCCAGUAUUGUCAUUUCUGCUACAUUUGUCCUGUGUGUGAGACAGCCUGUGCACCAGGAAGCAUCGUAGAUGAAUUAUCUGGAGCCUUAUUUCAGUAA